GACAUGAAAAAGCGGCAUGACGUGGGUUGAGCCCCUACUGGCACCCCAAAUUCAGGAUUCUCAAUUCAUAAGCAAUGGAAACAGACAAUACAGAGAGUUUGCUAACUGAAUGCAAUGCAGAUGAAGAAAUUAGUGAGAGUGAAGAUGCCAGUCAUUUAUGUAACUCGAUUCCAGACCACCCAGAUGUAACUUACAGCAAAGAAGAUCAAGUUAAGGCGUUACAACAUGAACUAGAAAGCCUGAUAAGGGUCCAUGAGAUAAGUAAAGGAACAGUCAUCUCACUGCAGAGACAAAUUUCAUUACAAGAAUGUCAACUCAGGAGAUCGGAGUCUGAAAAAGAUACCCUGCAGAGACACCUAAAGGAGAGAAUCAUUCAGAUCAAGGCCAUGUCUUCCAAGUUUUCAAGACUGCGGGAAGAGGGAAAUCAUGAAGAAAUGAUGGCCGCUAUAAGAAAGGAAAACUGUGACAUUAAAGAGCUUGUUUUAGAACUGAAAUCGGAGCUGAUAAAACAAAAUGAUAAAAUUGAUGAGUUCAAGACCCAAGUUCUGGGUCUACAGAAGGAGACUAUAGAAUGUCAAAGUGAAAUUAAUAAACUUAAGCAGGAAAAGCACAGCAUUCAGAGCAAGGCUGAAGACUUGGAGUAUUCUGAGCUACAUGUGAAAAUGGAUCUGGAAAGUCUGAAGACCCGGUUUGAAAAAUUCCGUAGUCAAAUAAUUCAGAUUACAUUCAGCGCUCCGGGAGCAACUAUUCCAAAGGUUGAACUCACAGACGAUGACAUUCUAGCAGCCAUGCAGAAAGUAAUUGUGGACUUCUCAGAAUUCAACCAGCAGCCAAAGCAAAAAGAAAAAAAAAUAGGUUCACAGACCUCUCAAGCGGAGUCUACUAAAUCACAAGCAAAACAAUAAAUAAACUGGCAUUUGACUUGCAAAGCAUCACAUAAUGAUCUAUGUCUG